UCCCCACGUUUCAUUUUUAAGCUCAGAAGGUAAAAGUUAAGAAGCAAUUUAAUACCCUCAUCUCUUCCCCUUGAUCGCAUCCCUUCUGAAGAUUUUUCCUCUUUCACUUACUUGCAGAGAUGGAUUUGUUAUCUGCAACAGUGAGUGUUGCAAUGGCUUUUUUCUACUUUCUUCUCAUAUGCUUCUGUGCUCUGCUACUGAGAAUCUUCACGGGUAAAUCACUGAGGCACCCUAAGUACCCUCCUGUAAUGGGCACCAUCUUCCACCAGCUAAUCCAUUACAAUCGUCUCUACGAUUUCCACACCGAUGUCGCCCGCAAGUACCGAACCUUCCGUCUCCUUGCUCCCUUCCAAAGCGAGGUCUACACUGCAGACCCUCGAAACGUUGAGCACAUACUCAAAACCAACUUUGACAAAUACGUUAAGGGACACUACCUGAAUGAAAUCUCAGGAGACCUCUUUGGUGAUGGUAUCUUUAAUGCUGAUGGAGAUAAAUGGCGUCAACAGAGGAAGAUUGCGAGCUUCGAGUUCUCUACCAGGGUCCUUAGGGUUUUCAGUUGCGCUGUCUUCAGAACAAAAGCCGCCAAAUUGACUCGGACUAUUUUAGGGUUUGCAGCCAUGAAUAAGUCCUUUGAUAUCCAUGAUUUGUUAAUGAGAUGCUCUCUGGAUUCCAUAUUCAAAGUGGGUUUUGGAGUGGACUUGAAUUGCUUAGAGGGUUCAAGCGUAGAGGGGAGAAAAUUCAGCAAGGCUUUCGAUGAGGCAAAUCGACUUACAUACUUUCGCUAUGCCGAUCCCUUCUGGAAGCUGAAGAGGAUUCUUAAUUUGGGAUCCGAAGGAGCUCUUAAGAAGAAUGUAAAGAUCAUGGAUGAUUUUGUGUUGGGCGUUAUCAGAAACAAGAGGAAACAGAUGUUUGAGCAGCAAAACGAUAACGACAAGGAGGACAUACUUUCAAGGUUUCUGGUGGAGAGCAAGAAAGAUCUACAGAGGAUGACCGAUCAGUAUCUCAGAGACAUAAUUCUGAAUUUCAUGAUUGCUGGCAAAGAUACUAGUGCAGGCACACUCGCCUGGUUCAUCUACCUCCUGUGCAAGCACCCUCUGAUACAAGAAAAAGUUGCAGAAGAGAUAAGAGAAGUUAUCAAUUCUAAUGAGAACGAAACUGACAUAGAUGCUUUCGUGAAGUGUUUAACUGAUGAAGCAAUAGAUAAGAUGCAUUAUCUCCAUGCAGGCCUAACAGAGACUUUGAGGCUAUACCCUGCUGUCCCCACGGAUGGGAGGUGUGCAGAAACAGAUGAUGUUCUCCCUGAUGGUUACAGAGUGAAGAAAGGAGAUGAUGUGUAUUACAUGGCUUAUGCCAUGGGCAGGAUGACUUACAUAUGGGGAGAGGAUGCAGAGGAUUUCCGACCAGAGAGAUUUCUCAACAAUGGAGUUUUCCGGCCUGAUUCAUCAUUUAAAUUUGUGUCAUUUCAUGCCGGCCCACGAGUCUGUUUGGGGAAGGAAUUUGCUUAUCGGCAGAUGAAGAUAGUUGCCAUGGUCCUUCUUCACUUCUUUCGGUUCAGAUUAGCAGAUGAAAAGAAGCAAGUAACAUACAAAACCAUGUUCACACUUCACAUUGAUGGUGGCCUCCAUAUCAAUGCAAUUCCUAGAGUUGUGUUUGACAAAUUCUGAUAUGUGAAGAAUUAUUGUGGAUAACGAAUAAGUUAUACAAACAAAUCUGCCUAUGUCACAUGUAAAUAGGCAAGGAUAAAACCCAAGGUCAAUUUCACUUGAAGGAGCUAUGGUUAUAACCUCGAGCUUGGUUUUCAAGAGAGACCAAUUACCAUUUGUAGGCAUAAACUAGUAAGAAACUUGCAAUCAUGGUUGACCCAAGCCCAAUUCUACUUGUAUCACUCUAUAAAGUAUUGGCCAUCUAGUUUUCUCAUCUCCCUUCUCCAAAUCAAUUUGGAAAGGUAUCCUUAGAAAGUAUUGGUCUUUUUCUAGAGCUAUCAUUCCUUUUGACAGAGAAUGGAGGUGGGUCUUGAAGAUUUUCAAUGACAAAUCCUCUUGUGAUAUUCUUAGUAA